AUGUCGGCCGAAGUCGAGUCCGCGGUGAAUCCUUCCCUGGAAGAGGACAGUGUUCCAGAUCUUAAUGGGGAGGGAGCCUCAGACGACGGUGGAGACCUCUUCGGAGACGAUGAGGACGAGGCGCAGGAUAACCUCCAGAGAAGAUUAGACGACACGGAGCUGGACUCGGGCGACGAUGAAGGUCGAAACGACCGCGUUGCGGCCACAGUCGAAGACGAAGAGGCGAUCUACGAAGAACAGAAACAACUCAAGCUCCUCGACGUGGACGUCGCGCGGAUCAAACCCCCUGAAGGUGACGAGCUCUUCCUUGUCAAUAUCCCCGAAUUUCUCGGCAUCAAACAUAGAAACUUCGACUACGCGACCUAUGAGCCACCCACGAAACCCCAUGACGGCAGCGAUGCCAAAUUUUCCGCCUUCUCUACUGCAAACACCUCGCUUUUCUGGCGGCGAGACCCUCAAAAUCCCGAUAACAUACAAUCCAAUGGCCGCAUAAUCCGCUGGUCAGAUGGCAGCUUCACCCUGCAGAUCGCAUCCAAACCCACCGAGCACUAUCGCAUCUCCACAACCGCCAUGCGUCCGGGAUGGCCCAGAAAGACCACCCACCAAGAACACUACGACCCAGCCAGAGAAUCAAACAACUACCUAGGAGCACCCCACCAGACGAUAGGCAUGGACCUCCAGAUCGUGGCUCCUUUCGACGCGAGCAUGAAGAUCCAACCAACAGGCGACAUAGCCGACGCCGCAGAACUCAAGCUGCGCCAAUCCAUUGCCGCCAAGGCAGAGCUCAACGACGUCCCCUCAUCCUUCAAGUCCGUGAAAGUCGAUCCUGAGCUCGCGAGAAAGAAGGCAGAGCAAGCCGAGAAGGAUGUUGCCCGGUCUGCACGUAAGAGAGAGGCCGCUGCGGAGAGACAAUUCACGCGCCGGGACAAGGUCCUCGGACGUUCUGGUCUCGGACGAUCAGCGGGUCUCACGAUCGGAGGCCUGGAAGACGACAUGCCCACUGCGCGCGGCGUCAAGGCGAAACACCCACGACGCAAGUCAAACCGACGAGGAGAUAUUCUCUCCGACGAAGACGAAGACGACGAGGCAUACCGUCGCCGCGGACGAGAAGACGAAUACGACCGCGAAGACGACUUCGUGGCCGACAGCGAUGAAGAGCCCGAGGUCUACGAGGACGACGGCGCAGAGGAACCCGAAGCAGAAGAGGAAGAUGAUCCUGAUAACGACGACCUGGAAAUCGAAGGGCGGCAGACGGUCGUGGAGAAUCGCACAAGGGGCGGAGCACGGGAUCGGGAAAGGACACCCAAACGCUCACGAAAUGACGAAGAUGACGACGCAGAGGCCGAAGACGACACUGAGGUGAGGAGACCAGCGCCUAGGAAGCAGCGACGCAUAGUCGACGAUGAUUCGGAAUAG